AGCUCUCCUCUGCUCUGUUCUCAGCGUGCUCUGCUCUCAGUUAUAGCAGUUACCAUCACUAGAGUCCUUCCUGGGUUUGGGUUUGGGUCUCAAGAGCAAAUGGCUUUCUCUCUCUUCUUCUUCUUCCUCUCUCUUCUUCUCCCCAAUGCCUUUGCUCUCUCAACCCAACACCGCGGACACCGCGGCCAUGGCCAUCACACUGACACUGCUCAUAACUAUAGAGACGCACUCACAAAGUCCAUUCUUUUCUUUGAGGGACAGAGAUCAGGAAAGCUCCCAGCUAACCAGAGAAUGCAUUGGAGGAGAGAUUCUGGACUCUCUGAUGGUUCUUCAGUGCAUGUGGAUUUGGUUGGGGGGUAUUAUGAUGCAGGGGACAAUGUGAAGUUUGGGUUCCCAAUGGCUUUCACUACUACAAUGUUGUCUUGGAGUGUGAUUGAAUUUGGUGGGUUGAUGAAGGGGGAGCUGCAGAAUGCAAAGGCAGCAAUUAAAUGGGCUACUGAUUAUUUACUCAAGGCCACUGCUCAUCCUAACACUAUCUAUGUUCAGGUUGGGGACGCAAACAAGGAUCAUUCUUGCUGGGAGAGGCCAGAGGACAUGGACACCCCAAGAACAGUCAUAAAAGUUGACCCCAGCAACCCAGGCUCAGAUGUUGCAGCCGAGACUGCUGCAGCUCUAGCUUCUGCCUCCAUUGUCUUCAAAAAAUCUGACCCUUCAUAUUCAAAACUUCUCCUCCGCAGAGCUAUCAGCGUAUUUGAGUUUGCUGACAAGCAUAGAGGUGCAUACAGUAAUGGGCUCAAGACUUGGGUUUGCCCAUUUUACUGCUCUUACUCUGGCUACCAGGAUGAGUUACUAUGGGGAGCAGCUUGGCUUCACAAAGCAACUAGAAACCCUGGCUUCCUGGAUUACAUUCAGGUCAAUGGUCAAACCCUAGGAGCUGACGAGUCUGACAAUACCUUUGGUUGGGAUAAUAAGCAUGUGGGGGCUAGGAUUUUGCUCUCUAAGGCUUUUUUGGUUCAAAAUGUGAAGUCACUUCAUGAGUACAAGGGACAUGCAGACAAUUUCAUAUGUUCUCUGAUUCCAGGAGCUCCAUUUUCUUCAACUCAAUACACCCCAGGUGGCCUUCUGUUCAAAAUGAGUGACAGCAAUAUGCAGUAUGUGACUUCCUCCUCGUUCCUCCUGCUAACAUACGCCAAGUACUUAACCUACUCCCAUGAAUAUGUCACCUGCGGUGGAGUUACCGUGACCCCUAGCAAGCUCCGUUCUAUUGCCAAGCGUCAGGUUGAUUACAUACUGGGCGACAACCCGUUGAGAAUGUCGUACAUGGUCGGAUACGGGUCCAGAUACCCGCAACGGAUCCAUCACCGUGGCUCCGCGGUGCACCCAGCCAAAAUCCAAUGCUCAGCUGGGUUCGCCGCAUUGAGCUCAAACGCACCCAACCCGAACGUCUUGGUCGGAGCCAUAGUCGGUGGACCUGACUCAGAGGACCGGUUCCCCGACCAGCGGUCCGACUACGAACAAUCCGAACCGGCCACUUACAUUAAUGCUCCAUUGGUUGGUUCAUUAGCCUACUUAGCUCACUCCAAUGGCCAAUUAUAAAUCAUAUAAUUUGUGGGUUCUUUUUUCUUUUUUCUUUUUUAAUGAAUUGAGAGACCCCGGUGCUAAAGAAAAUGAGCAUGCUGAGGGUCUUGAUUAGUGUUUGCUUGCUUGCUUUUGUGAGUUAGUUGUGUGGGUCUUUGAGAAAAGCUUACCUGCCGUGUUAAGUGCUUUGAGCGGCGUUUGCGAGGGAAACUUGACUCUUGUUAUGGUGUUGGGAGUUGUAAUGUGCUUCACCUUUAUAUUUAAUUUAACUUUGGAGGUUUAAUUAA